AUGGUGUUUGGUGAGGUUGAGGAUCUUACCGACUUUAUUAUGUGGAAAGUGAUGUCAUUCACGGUCAAAGAGCGCGAGUUCAACGACUACCCUAUUUUUCACUCUGGUGAUUCAUACAUUAUAAUGAACUUUAUCAAACAACAGAAACAACCUACUACAACUCAUAUUCAUGUGUGGAUUGGAAAGGAUGCCACGAUGGAUAAGACUGGUACCGCUGCAAUGAUGGCUUUACAGUUGGCGUCACAUAUUGGUGGUCAUCCUAUACUUCAUACAGAGUGCCAGGGUGAGGAGAGUAUACUGAUGAAGAGUUACUUUAUCUCAGAGUUCAAGGAGAUCAGGUAUAAGUCCAGUCCAUCCAAGUCCAACUUCAGAAAGACUUCUCCUGGCAGGGUAGCUUCAUCGACAUCACUUCUACAGAUCUGUAAUGUUGUGGGUCAAGGCGAUCAUUCACCAGUGAUCAAGAGAGUGGAGUUGGCAUCAAAGACGAUCAAACAAGCUACUGGUGGUCGAUCAAAUGUAUCAUAUGUGUUGGAGAAUAAUAUGGCAAUAUAUAUCAAGCAUGGUCCACAGGCCAGUAUUCAGACGAGGAGGAUUGCCAAGGAGGUGGCCAAAGAGUACCAAUCAUACUACGCAACAGGCAACACUCCAAUAAUCGAGGUCACCAGUUCAGAGCAAGACAAGGAGUUCUUCAAAUUCAUAGAGGAUCAUCGAAACAAGAGUGCUGGUGCUGACCCAUCUUUUGAUGAGGAGGACUCGAUGGUCAAUUUGUACAAGACAGUUGUGAGGGCCAAUGGAAAGAUGGACUUGGAGAGUGUCACUGAAGAGUAUCCACUGUCGAGGUCAAUGUUGGAUACAAGGGAGGUGAUCAUACUGGACUGCACGACUGAUAUAUUUGUCUGGCACACCAGUUCAACGUCAUGGCGCAAGAGGGCUGUUGGAAAGGAGUGCGCCAACAUGUUCUACAACGAGUAUGAGAGACCUACCUGGGCAAGAAUCACACAUUGUCUGGCUGGACAUGAGCAUCCUCUGUUCAAGCUUCAAUUUGCCAAUUGGCGAGCCCAGAACUCUUCGGCUCCAUCUCCAGUCCCAUCAUCAACUCUUCAAUAUGAUUAUCAAGCAAUGAUAGCUAUGUGUGCCGGCCAGGAUUCAGCCAACAAAUCACCAACAUACUCAAGCAGUGGCAAGUUCCAACAACAACAGAGCAUGUUGAACCAGACUGAUCUACUCAAUGUGUUCGCAUUCAAGACCUGGCCAUCGAUGACCUACACCCGAUUGAAGCCAAGUGAACAUGGUCAGUUCAGUGAGGAGGACUGUUACCUUGUAGUGGUCACAACACUCAUCGGUGGAAGUGGAAGUGGUGUUAAGAAGAACCAGGCAACCAAGGGCUCUGUGUCUUUGUACUGGUGGCAGGGAACUCAUUCUAGCCGCAAUGGAUACUCACACUUUGUUCAUGGAAUGUAUCCACAGGUUCUGGAUAUGGUCAAGAAGGCUGGGUACCCCGUCCCAACUCUCAAUCACAUCCAUCAGAGGAAGGAACCAUCAGCAUUCCUUCAACACUUUGGCAACAUCAUCGUGCUCAACAAGGGAUCUGUUUUCAACAAGACCAGCAAGUCAUCUGUGUUGGACAAGUACUACCAGGUGUUGGAAUAUGAGUACCCUGAGGACAUUGCCUACAUCCAAGAAGUUGAUCAUGCCACCAUUCAAAUCAACUCACAUGGAGUCUAUUGCAAGGUGUCCCAACUCAAUCAUGAGGUGUCAUUCUUCCAAGGAUACUACAACUUCUCAUCCGAGAGUGGAUUCUCCGUCUAUGCCAUGACUUUGGAACCUGAUUACAAGAUGACAGUUACCAAACAACAGAGGAACAAUUCAACAGGGGAGAACAAGGAGACAUUCUUUGGCACACUACCACGAUCAACAAAUGACAUGUUCAAUGUGUCUUAUAACAGGAACAAGCUACUCAGACUCCAUAUUGAGGGCGCCAAAUUCAAGUUGGACAAGGUGCCCAGGUAUCAUUGCACUGACCUCACCGAUGGUACUUGCGCACUGUUGGAGUCACGCUCCAAGCUCUUCCUCUGGAUUGGCGCUAAUGUGUCUGAGUCAUUGAGUGGACUAGCGACAAGGUUUGCCAAGGAUUAUCUGAGGAUUGAGCAUAAGUCAUCGAGGAGUAUGGAGCUGGAGAUUGUUCGUCAACACAACGAGUCACUACACUUCAAGCUACAGUUUGCAGCAUGGGACAGGAAGGAUGAGAUGGAGGACCCUCGUGAGAUGACAGAGUAUGCCAACAAGGUACAGAGCACCAUCCAGUACCGAUCGGAGAAGCAGCACGAGCUGGCCUUGGUCGACAUGAUUGCCUCUGCCGCCUCGUCCGCCUCUUCAUGUAUUACAGAUGAUGCCGACAUGAUGUCACCAUUGCCAACGAGCAAUGAAGAUGGAUCAUGGCGUGCACCAACAGACAUGCCAAUCGCUGUUUGA